UCAUUUACUGAAGUCUUGUUAUAACUGUUAUAGCAAACACUGAUAAAAAUGUCAAACCAAUCUUGUUGUGAAAACACAGCUUCUGAAGUCCAAAAAGGAUGCUGCGAAAGAUCAUCUACAACUUCCAGUGAUCAACAAUUGACUGGUACUAAUUGUCCUUGUUGCAGGCAAACAACUACAUGUUGCAUAGAUAAGACAUCAACCUGCAAAGGGAAGAAAGAAUGCUGUAAAGAAGGAAAUAGUUGUAUCUGUACAUGCUGUGAAGAACCAACGUCUGAUGGCUGCAAAGAGCUAACCUCUGAUUGUUGCAAAGAAGGAUCUUGCUGCUUUACUGGUGAAUGCCGUAACAAAACUUCCGAUGAUGGAACUUCUUGCUCGAAGGAUGGAAAUUGCGCCUGUAAUAAUUGUAAUAGAAGCUGCUGCGCAAAUGAAAAAAAUAAAAAAUUAGAGUGUUUCGAAGAUUCAUCUUGUUGCUGCAAAAAUGGAAACUCCAACAAAGGCUGUUGCAAAAAUAAAAAGGCUUGCGAAUGCUCAAAAAAAUCAUCUAUUGGUUGGUGCAAAGGUCCAACCUCUAAUUGCUGCAAGGAUGGAAAUUGUUGCAGCAAAGAUAAUUGUUACCAAAAUGGAUGCGAGUGCGAAUGCUGUAAAAAAACUCUUUAUUAUUGCAGCAAAAAUGAAAACGCGGAUAAGUGCUUUAAGAAAAUUUCUGGUGAUUGCUGCAAAGAUGAAAUCACUUGCUGCAAAGAAAAUACCUGUAUUAAAAUAAAAAAUUAUUGCGACAAGGUGAAUAAAAGUUGCUGUAAAGUUGAAAAUGCUAGCUCCUGCUGUAAUAAUACUUCUGUUGAUUGCUGCAAAGAUGAGACGUCGUGCUGCAGGAUAAAUAUUAACUGUAGCUGUAACUGUAAGGUUGAUGCAAAAUGUUGCAAAGAACCAAGAACUUUCAACGAUUGUUCCGACGAACGCAGAGAACGUAAUUCUAAAUCUUGCGUAUCUAGCAAGAAUAAGAAGAAAUGCUGUAAGAGCGAAUCUGGAGGAUGUUGCAAAAAUGGUACAGCUUCUAUGACAACAAGUUUUGUUACUUCAUAA